AUGGUGGCUACACGAACGUUCAUUUCCUGUUGGACUCUGCCAUAUUGUAAGCUUGCUAUCAGCCAUAUUUGCCACGCGACAUUAUACCGACGUCGUCGAUUUUCCGUUCACCUUCUUCCGGCAGAAGUGUGCAUGCGCACCAAGAAACGACAACCGAGUUCACAUCCGGCCUGCACAGCGCGAUCAACUCUGUUCAUAUCUAUCUAUCUGUUUGUUUGUUUGUUUUUCUAUCUAUCUAUGUCUGUUCAUAUCUAUCUAUCUAUCACAGAUCUAUCUAUCGAUCUAUCUAUCUAUCUCUAUCUAUCUAUCGCUGUCUGUUCAUAUCUAUCUAUCGCUGUCUGUUCAUAUCUAUCUAUCGAUCUAUCUAUCUAUCUAUCUAUCUAUCUAUCUAUCUAUCUAUCGCUGUCUGUUCAUAUCUAUCUAUCUAUCUAUCUAUCUAACUAUCGCGGUCUCUUCGUAUCUAUCUAUCUAUCUGUUAUGAUUCUCUUCAUUUCUAUCUAUCUAUCUAUCUAUCUAUCUAUCUAUCUAUCUAUCUAUCUAUCUAUCUCUACUGUUCAUUAUACUUCUAUCUAUCUAUCUAUCUAUCUAUCUAUCUAUCUAUGUUCAUCAUCCUUCUCUCGCCCCCCCUCUCUCUCUCUAUCUAUCUAUCUAUCUGAAGAUGGCGGACAACGAACAACAGCAUUAACAACGAUACAAGAAACUCUUUCAUUUCUGCGCAUGUGCACGACCGACCUUCAAGAGAUGUUCACCUUUGCACCUUCUCUCUCUUUCUCUCUCUCUCUCUCUCUCGCUCGUUCUUUUUCUCUUUUCUUUUGCUGA